AGCCAUUUUGGUUCAAGUCGUUUUGGCGCUUGGCGCAAGGCCGCUUCGCGUCGAGAUUACAUCAGCGGGCGCAUCCCUUGCCCUGCAUCCUGCCGUUGCCCAGGGCGCUCCUGUCCGCAGCAAGUCGCGCGACCAUGCCUGAGCUCAUGGCGAUCGUGAAGACCCCCAAGGAGGCAUUCCAGGGCAUGAUUGACAAAGGCGUGUCGAUGGGCGGCGACGCGUCCAUCAAGAUCUUCCACCAGUCCUUCUACGCGGGUUGCUACAUUGGCUUCGGUGGCAUGCUGUCGAUGGUGGUGGCUGGCGGUUUGGACAAGGCAGCAGAGGAAAACCCGACCAUCCAGACCUUUGUGUUCGCUGCGCUCUUCCCUGUGAACCUUCUGCUCAUCUUGCUAACAGGUGGGGUGCUGAUCACAGGUACAGCUGCGACCGUGCCUGCGGCGGUGUGUGAAGGCAAGCUGCACUGGAAGCAGAUCCCUAGGACGUUUGCGCUGGCUUGGAUUGGCAAUCUGCUUGGCGCCGUGCUCUUCGCUUUCUUUGUCGAGGCAUGUAACCUGAACGUGGGUUUGACUGCCAAGCUUGCGAUGAAGGUGGCGGAAAAGAAGAUCAAGGAGAAUUUCUUCGUCACCUUCCUGAAGGGAAUCGGCUGCAACUGGCUGGUGUGUAUGGCUGUGUUCCUGCAGGGCCAAGCGCAGGACAUGCCUGGCAAGAUGGUGGGCAUCUGGUUCCCUAUCUCCUGCUUCGUGGCCAUCGGCUUCGAGCAUAUCCCGGCCAACAUGUUCAUGAUUCCCUUGGGGAUGAUAGCCGGCGCCGACGUGUCCGUGUGGGACUGCCUUUGGAGGAACUUCAUCCCAGUGACCCUCGGGAACAUCUUCGCAGGCUCGAUCUUCGUGGGCGUGGGCUACUCCUUCGCCCUCGGCAGGUUGGGCAGCUCCCCGAUGUUCAACAUGCCCGCGAGGGAGCUGGGUGCGCCGAAGGAGCAGAAGGCCGUCGGCGACAACAACGAGCUUCCACCUGAGGCACAGGGCCUGUGAGAGUGCAGUCUCGCUGAGUAUUGCCGUCUGGCAGUCAGAUCGUGUGUAGCUUUGUCGUCGGGGCUAGCCAGGGUGUCCCAACCAGUUUUUCAGAGUCUAGGAUUUCGGCAGCUGGCUGAUUUUCAGAGUUUACAUCCUCUCAUCGACGGCGUCUGCUUCGAUAUGAAUUCAGAAACCGAGUUCUCCAUCCAGUGUGUAAGUCCACUCUUGCGAGGGUCCGAAGGUGUUUACUCCUUCGGAACGAGAAUCAAGGAAUUCGUGGUAGCGUCCCCUAUCGUCAUACUUAGAUUCGCAUUUCUUAUCCAGUAGACGCCCGAGUGCCAUCCAGUGCGAGUCGAUCGAAGCUGUAUUCCCGCUGCAGUCGCCACAGGCGUCGCCAGAGAGUAAGCGCUCUAGCGUGGAUUGCUUGUAUUGAUCUGCCCGUUUGGAGCACUGAGCGCCAUUGCAAAUAAACUAUGUGACCGUCGCAUCAAUGGGCAGUCUGAAGCUAUGGCUUGCUAUGCGACGCUCACGGCCCUGGAUUUGCAUCGUGUCGUCGCCGGCGUCCGCGGCGUCGGCGUCGUCGUCUUCGCCGUCGCCGUCGCCGUCGUCGGCGUCGGCGUCCGCGCCGGCGUGGUCGUCGUCGUCGGCGGCGGCGCUUGCGUACUUGCUGGCGUCGCGGCGCCACGGCCCAGCCCCUCGCAGGGCCGAGCUGCUGGGCGGACAGGCGCCGUGUCCAGUGAGGUGCGCCCCCCAA